GCUCCCUACCCUCUUCCUGUCGUGACGCGUUUCCGUUUUCCUGGGCGCGCGGUGGACGGUCUGAAACGCCAAGCGAGGAUUUAGCUGGGGCCUCGGGGCUCGGGAACCCAGCAUGGCCUCUUCACGAGCCUCCUCCACGGCAACCAAAACUAAAGCCCCUGAUGAUUUAGUUGCUCCUGUUGUGAAGAAACCACACAUCUAUUAUGGAAGCUUGGAAGAGAAGGAGAGGGAACGCCUGGCCAAAGGAGAGUCUGGGAUUUUAGGAAAAGAAGGACUUAAAGCAGGAAUUGAAGCGGGAAAUAUAAAUAUAACCUCUGGAGAAGUGUUUGAAAUCGAGGAGCACAUCAGUGAGCGACAGGCAGAGGUCUUGGCAGAGUUUGAGAGAAGGAAGCGAGCCAGGCAAAUCAACGUUUCCACCGAUGACUCGGAGGUCAAGGCUUGCCUUAGGGCUUUGGGGGAGCCCAUCACACUUUUUGGAGAGGGCCCUGCUGAAAGAAGAGAAAGGUUAAGGAAUAUCCUCUCAGUGGUUGGUACUGACGCCUUAAAAAAAACAAAGAAAGAUGAUGAGAAAUCUAAGAAGUCCAAAGAAGAGUAUCAGCAAACCUGGUACCAUGAAGGACCCAAUAGCCUGAAGGUGGCCAGACUCUGGAUUGCUAAUUACUCACUUCCCAGGGCAAUGAAGCGCUUGGAAGAAGCCCGUCUCCAUAAAGAGAUUCCCGAGACAACUAGAACCUCCCAGAUGCAAGAGCUGCACAAGUCUCUCCGGUCUUUGAAUAAUUUCUGCAGUCAGAUUGGGGAUGAUCGGCCUAUCUCCUAUUGUCACUUUAGUCCCAAUUCCAAAAUGCUGGCCACAGCUUGUUGGAGUGGACUUUGCAAGCUCUGGUCUGUUCCUGAUUGUAACCUCCUUCACACUCUUCGAGGUCAUAACACAAACGUAGGAGCAAUUGUAUUCCAUCCCAAGUCCACUGUCUCAUUGGACCAAAAAGAUGUCAACUUGGCCUCUUGUGCUGCUGAUGGUUCUGUGAAGCUUUGGAGUCUUGACAGCUAUGACCGUUCAUGGCGCUUAUGGGAUUUAGAGGCUCAAGAGGAGAUCCUGCAUCAGGAAGGCCACAGCAUGGGUGUGUAUGACAUUGCCUUCCAUCAAGAUGGCUCUUUGGCUGGCACUGGGGGACUGGAUGCAUUUGGCCGGGUUUGGGACCUGCGUACAGGACGCUGCAUCAUGUUCCUAGAAGGCCACCUGAAGGAAAUCUACGGGAUAAAUUUCUCCCCUAAUGGCUACCACAUUGCAACUGGAAGUGGUGACAACACCUGCAAAGUGUGGGACCUUCGACAGCGACGCUGCGUCUAUACCAUCCCUGCCCAUCAGAAUUUAGUGACUGGGGUCAAAUUUGAGCCUAUCCAUGGAAACUUCUUACUCACUGGUGCCUAUGAUAACACAGCCAAGAUCUGGACCCACCCAGGCUGGUCCCCACUGAAGACACUGGCUGGACAUGAGGGCAAAGUGAUGGGCCUAGACAUCUCUUCUGAUGGACAACUCAUAGCUACUUGUUCAUAUGAUAGGACCUUCAAGCUCUGGAUGGCAGAGUAGGCAAGACCAUAGAAGACGGACUUUGACCUCAAGCUCUCCCUUAGAAACCAUUUUCAGCAAAAGAAAAAUUGUAUUUUGUUCUAUCAUGUUUUCUGCCAAUUACCAUGCUUCGGAUUGGAUUUUCCCAUCAGCCUCACUUCCAAGUAGACAGCCCAGUCUCUAAGUGAUGGCAAAAACCCUUUUGUGGUUACAACUCAGUUCUCGUCCUCAGGUUCUGCCAUGAACUAUGUAGACAUUGUUUAAUCGUUUUUUUGAAUGCCCUUCCGCCUCCCUCAGCACUCAGGAUUGUGACUUCUUUGCAUUUUUUUUUUUUUUUUUU